AGUUCUUGGUCCGGGCAGCAGUUGAAGAUGUGCAGUGGUGUGGGAGCGGAGACGUCUUGAUGCGGAUGAAACUGAUGAGGAUCGGAGGGAGGCGAGGUUCUGUAGAUAAGAGGGAGCUUGAUUAUGGAUACAUUUGUAGACUAGAAGGAGAAUUUUGUAGACAAUGCGUUGCUGAACUGGUAACCAAUGCAGAGAAUUCAUGAUUGGGGUGAUGUGUUCAUGAUUUUAGUCCGGGAAAGAGACUUUGGAAAUUUCGAUCGGCAACUCAAACCAUUUAAACCAUCAUGACGUCCCCUUGCUGCUGUGGAAUCUUCCAUCGGCCAGUUUUCUUCACAGCUUUACUCUCAUUCGCUAUCUUCACCUACUUUGGUGUCCAAGGCCCUUACACGACUGGGAUCCUGACCACACUCCAAAGAGAGUUCAAGUUUAAGAGUUCCGAGAUCGGAUUCCUUCUCACCGUCAAUGACAUCGUUGGACUCGUCAUCGUCACCCCUCUGGCAUACCUUGGCUCCAAAAGCCAUCGACCGCGUAUAAUCGGUAUCCUCACGAUGAUAUUUGCCGCCGGUUGCUUCGUCAGCGCCAUCCCACAAUUUGUUGGCGGAGGCGAUGACGUCGAUGGACUAAAAAACGACACCAAUCCGCUGAUGAUACAGAAACCUGGAGUGUAUCUAUGUGAAGAUGAUGACGUUGGUGAUGUGGAUAAAUGUUCAGAAGCAGAGGAAGCCGCAUCGGGAGCUCAGUACAGCAGAGCCAUCUGGUUGUUCCUUGGACAGGCCCUGUGUGGUAUAGGAGGAGCUGGAUUCUUUCCUCUUGGUAUUACUUACAUAGAUGACGGUGUGCCCAAAUCAUCAUCUUCUGUACAUGUUGCGGCACUUUUCAUGAUGGGUAGUCUGUCCCCUGUCUUUGCCUUCAGCAUGAGUGCUUUUAGUCUGGCUCUUCAUUCUGACUUCUACAAGAUUGAUGUGGAUGAACUGGGCUAUGGUGACAAGGAUCCUCGAUGGAUAGGAGCUUGGUGGUUAGGGUAUAUCAUCUAUGGAUGCAUACUGCUCCUCACCAGUAUACUAUUCUUCUUCUUUCCAAAGGACUGGCCUCAUCGAGAAGGAACAGGCGAAGAAUUAAAGGAAAUGAACGUGCCAGUUGACAGGGAGAAUUCGUCUUCACCAAACGUUUAUAUGAUCAAAGACAUGAUGCCAAAGGAAGGAACAUCAAUCAUGGAACUCAUCAAAGGAUAUAUCAAGGCCAUGGGUCGUCUCUUAACCAAUCUCACUUACAUCACGUGUCUUCUUGCUAUAUGCGGUGAACUGGCUGCUGUGGCAGGCUUCUUUUCAUUCGUGGGUCGUUAUAUCCAAACACAAUAUGACGUCACACCUGCCGUCACGUCGAUCAUCCUCGGUUGUGUGACGUCACCAGCAGGAUUCUUCGGUAACUUGUUCGGUGGUCUUCUGGUCAAGAAAAUGAAACUAUCCAUGAAAGGUCUAGGUGCUAUGGCGAUGUCUAUCUCAGGAAUCACCCUCGUCUUGACCGUUCUGUAUUUCUUUGUUGGUUGUGACAACCAGAGAAUAGCUGGAAUAACCGUCCCUUACCCAGGGGAGAGCGAAAUCAAUUUAACUCCGUCAUGUCUUGGUGAUUGCUCAUGUCCAUCUGGUGUGUAUACACCUGUAUGCGGAUCUGAUGAUUUGACAUACAUCACACCGUGUCAUGCUGGAUGUUCAACCUAUCAAGAAGGAAUUAAAUAUGACGGAUCAGAACCUUCUUCAUCGUUCUUAUACUCUGACUGCACUUGUAUUGGAUCAAAUGCAACUUUUACCAGUACGGUUGAUGAAUACGAGGACUUUUCGGUCAUUCAGGAGGCAUGUCCAAGAGACUGUUACGGGAGAUUAAUCGCUUAUAUCGUCAUCUUUGGUGUCACUUCUCUCAUCAACUCCAUGGUAAAAAAUCCCAGCUUUAUGCUAAAAUUGAGAUGUGUGGAUCUUCCUGAUCGUGCUAUCAGCAUGGGGCUUGGUAGUUUGAUAAUAAGAGUAUUAGGAUUUGUACCAGCUCCAGUAUAUUUUGGUGCAGCCAUUCAGACGACCUGUCUUAUGUUCCAAUCAUCAUGUGGGAAGACAGGCAACUGUCUCAUCUAUGAUACUGAUCGUCUUCGUAAUGUCCUCUUCGGUCUUCUUCUACUCCUCAAGUUCUCAUCCGUUCUUUGUUAUUUCCUUUCCUUUAUUACUGUACGACGUGAUAAAUCAGGGGAGUAUCAUCAAUAUCAACUUUGUUCGCCCAGCAAAAGGAAACCAACGGCCGUUUAAUGAUUACCGAUCAAAAUAAUAUACAUUCAUUGACUUUCAUCUCAUACUACACAAAGUCACUUAUCAAAUAUAAAGAGGUCAUACUUGUAAGUUCUUAAUCUUUCAAGAAUAAUCAUUUUGAAUCUAAUUUUUAAAAUGAUGAUGCCGUCAUAUAAGAAUGUAGCUUUGGGUUUAUGUCUAUAGACUUUAGCAUGAUGAUAUAUCUAUGUGGCGGAGAAAAAACUUGUUUAUUGUUCAUCGUGAUCAAUACAUAGUGUGUGCUAUUUGGUAUUAAAAAAAUACUUGCAGUAAACUCUUGAAAAUGAACAAAAAAUGACUAUAAAUGAAAAGGUCAGCGAAGUGUAACAAAUAGUUUAGUCAUUCGUUUUAAUAUUUCCGAGUCGCUUUUGUCUGAAAUAUAGUCAUUUCUUAUAGAUGUGGUUAAGCUUAGUUAACCCAAGAUUAUAUAUCACUUAUCUAUUGCCAUUUUUUCAGUGUUUCGUUUUACCUCUCAUAUGCUAUUAUAAGUUUAUUAAUCGGAUAAAGCAUUUGAUGUCAUAACCACAAUUCUUACUGUCCAUGUAAAACAAGAUUUCUUUUCAGUGGAAAUCUCUGGGAAAUUUAUAAUGUAGUGUAGCUAAUAUAUGCAUGAAGUUGUUUUACUGGGGAAAGAAAUAGUAUGACAGUCAGGAAAUCAUUUGUUCAACACAUUCUUGUGCGGGGUUGAUUAAACUGGAUAAUUCAACUUAUAACUGAAUUCAUUUCUGAACAUGAUUUAAAUUUAGUUGUGCAUUUUGUAUGUUGAUGCAAUGAUAUCAAUACUUCAUUGGAAUACAUUCUGGGACUUAUGAUAGAUAUCAAUGUAAAUAUACACAGAAAAUACAUAGAAACUAUACAUGUAUAUUGUAGUUGCAAUAUUAUUUCUUUGUAAUGAUGUAGUAAUUGAGAUACUAGAAUACAGCGUAAGAAAUGCAUCAUAUACGCAGUUAGUCACGUUAUCACAAACUCAAAGUUUCAUUCUUUUACGGAAUCCAUCAAUUAGAGCAGCUCUGGAGAAUCUUUUAAAAACGGCUUUUACCACCCUUGUGCAUUGAUACUGUACAAAAUAUUUGGUAAAAUUUUAACCAGCAUGAGGGUAAUUAUGUGUCCAACCAAUUUGGGGAAGUAUUUUACCCAAGACGGGAAGCAUAUUGUCCAGUGAGGUUAAAAAAAACAAGCAGCAAUUACCUUAGAAUGGGCAAUUAGAUUUUCAUCAUACUGGAUAAAUAUAAAUUCUCAAAAGAAAUGGUCAAUGUUGGUUGGACAUAUAAUUACCCUCAUGGAGUGUCUAGGUUCUCGUGAUAUUUUUUUUUAAGUCAAUAAGAGCCUCGAAAAUAUUGUCCAUAAUCCCCCCCCCCUCCGAAACAAUUACUUUGAAUGAUGUUCAUUACCAGUGUCAUUCACUAUCAUCAUUACUAAUGUUAUUUUUCACCAUCGCUGCCCUGUAUUUGUUAGGAAAGUCUAUCUUCACUCUUAAAAAUGUUGGGGAACAUAAUGUCCACACAACAGUUGAUUAAAACUUUAUCAAAUUCUGGUUAAUUUUAAGCCAAUAAUGUGUGCUUUGGGUGAAAGCUACACAGUAUUGGUUGAAAACCACCCAGAGUUGGAUAAAAAAAUGUUUACCAAUUGUUGUGUGGACAGUAUGUUGCCAAACAUUUUAACAGUGUAAAGAUAACAAACUUACGGCAAUAUUAACCGCUUUCAUCAUUGCUAUGUAAUUUUGUGUAAAGUAGUUUGGUAAUCCAAAGUUUUAUCAUUUCAUGCAAUUAAAAUAUUCACAUGCUGAAAGAAAUUAA